CCAGGAAGCACACAGGCUUCCUCCCGGGCGGCUGCGGGCACACCUCCCAUUGCCCCUGAAUCGCGGUGGCCCUGGCUGGCCAGCGUCCAGCAGCGUGGGGACCCCCUCAGGACCCUGAGGCAUCCACAGUCACCCUCCCAAACAGCACAGUGUCACUGAGCCUGACUCGGAGCGGGCCAGCCCUGGGAAGCUGCUGGGUGACUGUUGCAUCACCAGCCGACCACCGGAAGGAAAGGAGGGGACAGGACUGGGACCUGCUGCCCCAGACUCCAGCCGCUCCUGCCGCCAUGUCGGACUAUGAGAAUGAGGACGAGUGCUGGAGCACCCUGGAGGGCUUCAGGGUGAAGCUCAUCUCCAUCAUCGACCCUUCCCGCAUCACGCCCUACCUGCGGCAGUGCAAGGUCCUGAACCCUGACGAUGAGGAGCAGGUGCUCAGCGACCCCAACCUGGUCAUCCGCAAGCGGAAAGUGGGUGUGCUCCUGGACAUCCUGCAGCGGACUGGCCAUAAGGGCUACGUGGCCUUCCUCGAGAGCCUGGAGCUCUACUACCCACAGCUCUACAAGAAGGUAACCGGCAAGGAGCCCGCCCGGGUCUUCUCCAUGAUCAUCGACGCGUCCGGGGAGUCAGGCCUGACGCAGCUGCUGAUGAGCGAGGUCAUGAAGCUGCAGAAGAAGGUGCAGGACCUGACGGCACUGCUGAGCUCCAAGGACGACUUCAUCAAGGAGCUGCGUGUCAAGGACAGCCUGCUGCGCAAGCACCAGGAGCGCGUGCAGCGGCUCAAGGAGGAGUGCGAGACCUGCAGCCGCGAGCUCAAGCGCUGCAAGGAUGAGAACUACGACCUGGCCAUGCGCCUGGCCCGCCAGAGCGAGGAGAAGGGCGCCGCGCUCAUGCGCAACCGCGACCUGCAGCUGGAGGUGGACCGGCUCAAGCACAGCCUCAUGAAGGCGGAGGAUGACUGCAAGGUGGAGCGCAAGCACACACUGAAGCUGCGGCACGCCAUGGAGCAGCGGCCCAGCCAGGAGCUGCUGUGGGAGCUGCAGCAGGAGAAGGCCCAGCUGCAGGCCCGGGUGCAGGAGCUGGAGGCCUCCGCCCAGGAGGGAAAGCCGGACAAGAGCAGCCCCUACAUCCAGGUGCUGGAGAAGGACUGGCGGCAGGCGCUGCGAGACCAGCAGGAGCAGGCUAACACCAUCUUCGCCUUGCGCAAAGACCUGCGCCGGGGCGAGGCCCUGCGUGCCCGGUGCAUGGAGGAGAGGGAGAUGUUUGAGCUGCAGUGCCUGGCUCUGCGGAAGGACUCCACGAUGUACAAGGAGCGCAUGGAGGCCGUCCUGCAGCAGAUGGAGGAGGUCGCCAUCGAGCGGGACCAGGCCAUCACGUCACGGGAGGAGCUGCACACCCAGUAUGCCCGGAGCCUGCAGGACAAGGACGGGCUGCGCAAGCGGGUCCGGGAGUUGGGCGAGAAGGCUGACGAGCUGCAGCUGCAGCUGUUCCAGCGCGAGGGCCGGCUGCUGGCCAUGGAAGGCAGGCUCAAGCGGCAGCAGCUGGAGACACUUGCCCUGAGCUCCGACCUGGAGGACAGCUCACCCAGGAACUCUCAGGAGCUCUCACUGCCCCGGGACCUGGAGGAGGACACCCAGCUCUCAGACAAAGGAGGCCCGGCUGACGUGGAGAGCCCGGGGCAGCCCUUCGAGGCUCUGCAGAAGGAGCGACUUUCACUGACUCCCAACGACUCUGGCCUGAGUGGCGGAGAGCCCCCCGAAAAGGAGCGGCGGCGCCUCAAGGAGAGCUUUGAGAACUACCGCAGGAAACGGGCGCUCCGGAAGAUGCAGCACUGCUCGAGACAGGGGGAGGUGGACUGGGAGAACACCACGGGCAGCGACAACACCGACACCGAGGGCUCCUAGCGGCCGGUGGUGCAGGAGGGCGCCGCCCGGCCCCCGGAUCCAGAGCUGACCGCCCGUGACCCCCGCGCAGGCGCCGCCCCGUUAGGCCGCCUCUGUCUCGGGGCGCCCGUUUCUGCGCCGGCACGCGCACUGUGGCACCAACCGCCGUGGUCUGUCUUUAUGUAACGCAGACGUAUACGGCAAUGUUAGAAAUGCAGUGAAAUAAACAACCGCCGCGUCUGAAA